GGAUAUCUCUUAUAAAUUAUUCAGCCCAAGGUUUGAAGUCAUUAUCAUUUUAUAUAUAACAGAUAUUAAAUGUUGUUCUUCAUGAAGAAUAGUGGAAAAGCAGCAGCAGACAAUAGGGCGCUGCUGGUGGAGGAAAAGAAGCUAAAUAGCAGUGGCCGAGUUUGGGUUCCGGUGUCAACAUUGUGGCCGUGGGAGCUCAACAAACUGGGAAAUUCAAAAAUGAGAUCAGGCAAAUUCCCAGUUUCUGGAAAAUCCAUAUUGGUGUUAUGCAUUGCAAGCUUUCUGGCUGGAUCAAUCUUUAGUAGCCGAAUAUGGACUCAACCUAAUUCUGAAAUGAAUAAUGAUCUUGUGAUCCCCAGCAUUUUCAACCAUGAGAAGCUUAGAACCAUUUCACGUGAAUGUGAUCCCAAGCGUAAAUUAGCCGAAAGCAAUUCAAGAGACAUCAUGGGAGAAGUUAAGAAGACUCAUCUAGCUAUUCAAUCACUUGAUAAAAGUAUAUCAACAUUGGAGAAUGAAUUAGCAAUAGCUCGGACAAGGCAAACAGUCAGCCAAAAUGCAAAGGAAAACAGAGGUUCAAAUCACACCACACCGAAUAAAGCAUUUAUCGUGGUGGGAAUUAAUACCGCAUUCAGCAGCAGAAAAAGACGUGAUUCUCUUAGAGAAACUUGGAUGCCAAAAGGGGAUAAGCUAAAGAAGCUAGAGAAAGAGAAGGGAAUCGUGAUACGGUUUGUGAUAGGACACAGUGCUACACGAGGAGGAGUUCUUGAUCGUGCCAUUGAUAGUGAGGAUGCUCAGUACAAGGAUUUCCUUCGACUUGAACACGUUGAGGGUUAUCAUGAACUCUCCACCAAGACAAGAUUGUAUUUCUCUAAAGCUGUCUCCAUUUGGGACGCUGACUUCUACGUUAAAGUGGACGAUGAUGUCCAUCUCAACUUAGGUAUGCUUGCUACCACAUUAGCAAAAUACAAAUCCAAACCAAGAGUCUACAUUGGGUGCAUGAAGUCAGGACCAGUUCUUUCCCAAAAAGGAUUAAGGUAUCAUGAGCCUGAGUAUUGGAAAUUUGGAGAAGAAGGAAACAAGUAUUUCAGACAUGCCACGGGUCAAAUAUAUGGCAUCUCUAGAGACCUUGCUUCUUACAUCUCCAUCAACUCGGGGAUAUUACAUAGAUAUGCAAAUGAAGACGUAUCAUUGGGAUCAUGGUUAAUUGGAUUGGAAGUGGAGCAUGUGGAUGAGCGUUCAAUGUGCUGUGGAACACCUCCAGAUUGUGAGUGGAAGGCAAAAGGAGGGAAUAUGUGUGUGGCAUCAUUUGAUUGGUCAUGCAGUGGGAUAUGCAAGUCGGUAGAGAGGAUGAAAGAUGUGCACCACUCAUGCGGCGAAGGUGAUGCAGCUCUUUGGAAUGUUGCUCUCUCAUGACACUCUAGUAGCUAGGAUGACAUUUAAUAUUGGAGAGAACUUAAUUAAUUAUCCACAUAGUAUUUCCUUUCGAUUAAUAAUUUACUUGCACAAUGCAAUUCUUAUUUUGCUUUAUUUUUGCCACCACGAUUUGUAUUUCACUCUUUUUGGCCUUGUCUUUAGAGUGCCAAGUAUCUCUUUAAUUAAGCCAGCCUUGUGUCAUAAAAUAAAUUUGUCUUUCAGUGGCUGAUAUUACACUACACAAUA